UUCUCCUAAUGGCGGUCGAGGUUUCCGUGCUUGUCGAAAGGCGAUGCCAGUACGGGACGUUUUUUUGUCGUCCCCCCCCAGAGACAAAAUAGCCGUAUAUUCAAUUUUCUCCGCCAGACUUAUGAUGACCACUGAGUAUCGACACGUGGCUCAUUACAGGCGAGCGUUGUUACCGUUUUCUGUUCACGCCAAUUGACACCUUACACGGACGUUGUUGUUUGUCAGAGGUCAGUUGUAAAAAAUCGUGCCGCGUUUACCGGGCAAAAUAGACGGGGAAUUGACUGAUGAAAGAAAGGCUCAAUACCAUUGAUAAUAAUGAUGAUAAUAAUAAGAGUAAUAACAAUAACGUUAACGAUUAAUUAAGACGCGGUAAGACUGAAAAUAUACAACCGGAGAAAUGGAAGAUCGAAGAAAUGUGACAACAGCUGUACGUUUUGAAGAGUGUUUGGUCACUUGGAAAUUGUCUACAAUCAUGCCUCACUUUACGGUUCACGCACGAUGAAACCGGCUCUUAAGAUGGGCAUGAUUGCCCUCGUCGGUAUCUGCCUCGUGUUUUACCAGUAUCACCUGUCCUUCGGGAUUCGAGUUGAUCAAAUUCCCGCAUUGAAAUUUGAUUUGAAUGCCGGGCAACCCCCGGAUGGUCCUGAUGGUAUACCGGUAAACAGCGACACCUACGGUUGCAGCAUCGCGCACCAGAAGCUCACCGAAGAAAUGAUUCGAUACGCGGUGGACGCGGUCAAAAAAUCGAACGGCCUCGGGCCCGAAAUCGGAGUCCAAUUGACCGAGGGAAUUCUGAAUCAGCUGAACAAAUUGACGAUCGGUAAUCGCGAAAAGGACAGGCUGCUGUCCCAAACCCCUGCACAAACCACCAUCAACAGCGUCGUGGCAGCCGCAGAUAAAUUCGCCGAUGAAAACCCCCUUUACGUUAUCACCCCGACGUAUCGUCGUCCGGAACAAGUCCCGGAACUUACGAGAAUGGCCCACACUCUGAUGCUCGUGAAGAACGUCCACUGGCUCGUCAUCGAAGACGCUCAUACCCCCACUCAACAAGUCACUGACCUCCUCCAAAGGACUGGACUCAAGUAUGAACAUCUCGUUGCCCCGAUGCCCGAGCAGUACAAAAAGAAGAACGGUGCAAAACCUCGGGGAGUUUCGAACAGGAAUCGCGGUCUUCAAUGGAUUAGAGCAAAUGCGACGAGUGGAGUUUUUUAUUUUGCCGACGACGACAAUACCUAUGACAUUAAGCUAUUCGACGAGAUCCGCACAACUCGAAAAGUCUCGAUGUGGCCAGUUGGCCUUUGCACAAAGUUCGGUCUAAGUACGCCGAUAGUGAAGAACGGGAAGUUCAUCGGUUUCUACGACGGUUGGAUGGCAGGACGGAAAUUCCCCGUUGAUAUGGCAGGUUUUGCAGUUAGCGUCAAGUUUUUGCUUGAGCGACCAAAGGCCAGCAUGCCGUUCAGGCCCGGGUACGAGGAGGACGGAUUCCUGAAAAGCCUGGCGCCGUUCAACCCGAGCGAAAUAGAGCUUCUGGCUGAUAACUGCAGCCAAGUUCUCGCCUGGCACACGCAAACCAAGAAGAACGAGCCGAGUGCGGCCCUCGACAAGGAGAAAUACGCUUCGACGAAUUUGAUCAAAUUAAAGCAACAAAUAGUAUGAUAAAAUGUGAGGCGCGGUAUAGCGAUAAUCGAUAUCGGUCUCAACUAGACGACGCCGUCUUUGAUCACUUUUACACAGACGCGUCGUAAACCUAGUGCCUAAGCUGUAUCUUCCUUACUCAAGAUAUAACGUACCUACACUAUAGAUACCUAAAAACGAGCAGUGCUAUUAUUAUUACUAUACGUUAUAAUGCUGACGUACUGAAAUCAGGGUCGACUUUACACUUUGUCUUUAACGAGUCACGCCAACAUAAAUUAGUACUGACAAUGGAUACGUUACUAUUUACAUGUUGUUGGGUCAAAAUGAUCGGAGUACGUAUAUAUCGCGGGAUUUAAUCUCAUUGUCAGUGUUAGAAUAUUCGAUUGACGAUAAUACGCUAGUCGAUUUUCGGCAAGUACCGGAUGGCUCGAUUAUUUGUUUUUCUUGAAACUGACUUGUUUUAAAUGUUGAUGAAAUUGAUUGUAAUAAUAUUUCAAAAGUGUUUGCCUGAGGUAAUGAUGUAUCAGGAAGACUUGGACUUUGCCAUAUGGGUGUUACAUUCUAUUACUAUAUUUUUAUACAUCUAUUAGUAAAUUUAAAUUCAAAAGCAAUAUGUUGAAACAAUCAGCAACGGUGAGAAAAAAAUCGGUGUAAUUGAUUUUAGCAAAGAACGGCGAUAAUCUUUACAAUACGUGAUAUUUCUAUGAAGCUUUAACAAAUCGUGAUUCGUUGUACGAUUUUUAGAGGUAAAAUUUAAUCGAGAGGAGAUACUAAUUCAAAAUUCGUUAUUCGGUGCGGUACGAAUUGUGUUUUAUUUUUAUUUUGUAAAUUAAUACCGCGGUUUGUAUUUUGAAAACGUAUCUGACGGUUAGCCAGUCAACAUUCGAUUCUACGUACCUAUUUAUGAUUUCAUUCCGUCGUAACGUCGAUCCUGCUUAGCAAGACCUCAUUCGACGCGAGUCAUUGCGCAUAUCAAAGAUCGUUUCGUCGGUGAAUGCGAGGUUGACAAAGUCAAAAGUGAGCGGAUAGAUAGGUAGACAGAUAGAUGGAAGAGGAGAUAGAUAAAUAUAAGGGCAAUGGUAUCUCGUUUUUUCUUAACGAGAAUAGAGAGAACAGGACAAAAGGCGCAACAGCCGCGUAACUAAUUAUAAACGGUAACAAUAAUUCGAUAAAAAAAAGGUGCGAUCUAAUUGCCUGUAAUUUUCGGUUUACAUUGGACAUAUCCGUAUAGUAUUUAUUGUCUGAGAGAUGAAAUUCGAAGAAUAGAAUUAUGCGUGGUAUUAAAAGAUUGGUAAUAUUGAAAACGGAAAACGAUACGAGAGAAGAAAGUAAAUGACAAGAUAAAAAAAAAA